GAGAGAGAGAGAGAGAGAGAGAGACAAGAAGAAGACGAGUCCCACCCAGAAUAAAGCUUUUUCUCUCCUCUUCAAAAUUUGGUCAGAGCCUGACACGUCACGCUUUAUCAGUCACUGACCGGCGCCGACGUGGACAUGUGCCUUCUUCUCGCUCUCAACCGCGGACGAAGGUCAUCGCGAUUACGGAUAGACGGAUUCUAGUUGGUUUGAGUUAGUGGGAUGGGCCCUGAACUGGAGCUGAAACCGAAUUCAGAAGCUGCAAUGGGAGUUUCGGCGGUGAAGGAGACUGGUGUGAUCCAUAUAGAUCAAGAUGAGAAGUUUAUGCCCUGUGUGAGCAACUACAAGGAUAGUAUUUUCAACAUGGAAGCCUCGUUUGCGGAACACACUAGCACAUCAAAUAGACAGGAAAAUCAGGAGAUAAAUAUUACCGGAUGUGGCGGUUCGAAUGAUGACGUUCAGAUGGUUGAGGAUGAAUGCCAGGAUUUGACAGAGAGCUCGAGUUCUUUUGGUGAUACAGUAUCUGGGACACAGAAUGGCAUGAGUGUGGAUGGUGAUGAAGUUGAAUCGCGGUAUUGUGCAAAUCCGUCGGUGUCACUAUAUGAUGGAUAUUCUGAUGCAUUUCAUACAAGGAAGAAAAAGUUGACUGGUCACUGGAGGAAAUUUAUUCGGCCCCUUAUGUGGCGCUGUAAAUGGCUAGAACUGCAGAUUAAGGAACUUCAGUCUCAGGCCCUGAAAUAUGAUGAAGAAGUUGAAAAAUACAAUAAACUAAAGCAUUUUGAAUAUGGAGGUUACACAGCAGAAGGUUUUGAUGGAAAGUCCAUACCGUUUUCAAGUCAAAUUCAAAGAAGCACAGUCAUGAAAAGGAAGAAAAGAAAGAGAGUUGAAGAUACAACUGAUAUACCAUCAUUUAUAUCAAACCAUAAACUGUUUUCCUAUUAUGAAAAUAUAAAGUCCGGUGCUAAUGGUGGUUCCAUAGAAGAUGACUGUGGUAAUUUGGCUGGUAAAAGUAUUCAUGGCAUCAAUGAGUUUGAGAUUGAAUUCAGAGAUGGUGAUAGUACAUUGGAAGAUACUCUUCGGAAGAUUGAAUUAGUACAUUCACAAGUCUGCCAGUUGAAGACCCGAAUCGACAAGGUGGUGAAGGAAAAUCCUGCACUGUUCUGCUCUGCUCGAAGUCCUGCACUUGAAAUUGGGAAUGAUUUACUUGCAGAAACUCUACCAGAUGCAGCUCAGCAUAUUUUUGAGUGUAAUAUGGGAUCUUUUCUUUUGCCUGGGAGUGCAGUUUCAACUCUUGAGGGGCAAAACCCUCUUCCUGGUAUAACUGAGGACACAGAUCAGCCUUGGGUUGGCAUUGAACAAGAAAAUGGGGAGGAUGGAGACGUUGAACCCAAUGCAUUUGUCAAGAAAGAGCCACACUGUUCUGAAAACAAUAAAGAUCAGGUCAUACAGAAGCCUCUCCUAUCAAGCGCACAGCAGAAAAGUACUUUCUCUGUUCCAGCUUCAAAAACUGUCCCAAAAAAAUCCAGCAAACCUAAUGCCACUCAACAACCUGAUUCCACUACAAGGACUGAACACCCUUGGAACACAAGAAAUCGUGGGAAGCGUAAACCUGGUAGGUGGAGCAAGAAAUCGUAGAGUUAGCUGGACUAGAAGUGACUGAAUAUCAUUUGUUAUGAUAUUACUGUAUAUGGUGCUUAUUCUGCUGUACAUGCUCAACUCUCUCACAUGCACAUAUGAUUUCAUCUGUACAUGCUUCUUAAUUAGGCAGACACUUUAGUCUCAUGGGAGGUUUUGUUGUUUAAUUGAUUUCGGCAAUAUACAUCAAUCAUCCUUGUGUUAUACUGUAGAGAAAUAUUUAGUUUU